GGUCACAAAACGGGUGAGCUUGAUCGUCAACCUGCUGCGGGAUUGUUAAAAAAUAAUUACCCGUACUUCCCUGGCAAAUAAUUGCAAUUUUGGUGGUUUGGUAAACUACUGUCUGUUUUGUUAACAAAGUGACAAUAUUGGAAUCGGCGGACGAAUGGAGCAACGCUCAGGUAUGAGUUCCAACAGUGGUAACAAUUCGAGCCACGGAAAGCCGCUCAAAUGCAAUCAAAAUGUACAGGUCUAUCUUCGUGUCAGACCGACAAACGCCCGCGAGAAGCUGAUUCGUUCUCAGGAAGUGGUGGAGGUGGUAUCAAAUCGUGAAGUGCUGCUGAAACCGAUGACCCUUGAUUCGAGGAAUGCCAAAAAAUUCACCUUCGACCGGGCGUUUGACGUAAAUUCGAAACAGCACGAAGUCUACAAUGCGGUCGUGGCACCAUACAUUGAGGAAGUGCUGGCCGGAUUCAACUGUACGGUUUUCGCGUACGGCCAGACUGGUACCGGUAAAACCUUUACGAUGGUUGGCGAUGAACAACCGGAACUGAGCGACUGCUGGGAUGAUGAUACACAGACGGGGAUCAUUCCUCGGGCGUUGAAUCAUCUGUUCGAUGAGUUGCGCAUGACGGAGCUGGAGUUUUCGAUGCGGAUUUCCUACCUAGAGCUGUACAAUGAGGAAUUGUGUGAUCUGCUGUCGACCGACGAUACGGUUAAGAUUCGUAUCUACGAUGACGUCAAUAAGAAGGGAUCCGUGAUUGUGCAAGGUUUGGAAGAAGUCCCUGUUCACAGUAAAGACGAUGUUUAUAAACUGUUGGCCAAGGGACAAGAACGGCGUCGAACAGCAUCGACGCUAAUGAAUGCUCAGUCAUCGCGAUCACAUACUAUCUUCUCGAUUAUCGUUCACAUCAAGGAGAACGGUAUAGAAGGCGAAGAGCUGCUGAAGAUUGGCAAACUAAAUCUGGUUGAUUUGGCUGGAAGCGAAAACAUCACAAAAGCUGGGAAUGAGAAGGGGCUUCGGACGCGUGAAACCGUUAACAUAAAUCAGUCGUUGCUGACGCUAGGUAGGGUGAUUACGGCGUUGGUUGAAAGGACUCCUCACGUGCCUUAUCGAGAGUCGAAAAUAACUCGUUUGCUGCAAGAAUCGUUGGGAGGACGAACUAAGACGUCAAUCAUUGCCACUAUUUCACCGGGUCAUCGUGAUUUCGAGGAAACGAUGAGCACACUGGAAUAUGCUCAUCGGGCAAAGAACAUCCAGAAUAAACCGGAAGCGAAUCAGAAACUAUCGAAGAAGGUGGUUAUCAAAGAGUACACGGAGGAAAUCGAUCGUCUGAAGCAAGAAUUGAUGGCUACUCGUGACAAGAACGGAAUAUAUUUACCUGAGGACACUUACAAUGAGAUGGUCUAUAAAUCUGAAUCCACGACAAAGGAGCUAAACGAUAAGGUUAAUCUGAUUAAGGUGCUUAAGGAGGAUCUCGCCAGAAAGGAGGCAAUUUUCAAGGAGGUUAGCUUGAAUCUCGUUGAGAAGGAGGAGAUUUUGCGAAGAACCGAAGGAGAUCUUUGUCUUACGAAGCACGAACUGACGACGACCAAGAGGACCUUGAACAAGACCAAGCGUCGCUACGCGGAGAAGAAGGUCAUUCUGGAUCGGCACAUCAAAACGGAGGAAGCACUAUCCGGUCAAGCGAAGGAACUGAUCGAGGUAGUCGAAACGGUCGAGAUUGACACGAAGGGGUUGCAUGAUACAAUCGACAGGAGAAAACAAACAGACAUGAAAAACCAAACGGUUUGCGAGCAGUUCGUUGAGCAGGUUAAAAACCGGGUCCAGUCAAUGCAGGGGAAUACUAAUAACCUGACGCAAAGUUGCUACCAGAUCAGUAAUUCGAUUUUAGGCGAUUGGGAUAAUUAUCUCGCAAAGCAAGAGUCGCUAAAGAAGGAUACCCAAGAAAAGAUUACUGCACUUGAGUCAUUUUCGCAAACCAUGCUUUCGAACAGUUCCGAAUUGUUGACCAACUUUCGCGGCGAUCUUUCAAACUGUAGCACGGAACAACUGCAGGUAACUCAAGCAUUUAUGGAAAAUAUCGAUAGAGCAGUUGAAUCCCUUCGCACGACGCUAGCUGCUAAUAUUGAAUCGCUGAAAAAAACUUUGACCGAGCAGGAAGAUGAACAGAGGAAGCUGCUGGAAGCAACCCUGCAAUUAUGCCGAGAAAAUGACCUACGGAAUCUAUCAUUCUGUAUGGCCCAGAAAAAGUGUCUGACGGAAAUCAACGAACUGGUGGAACAAUUUGGAGACAGUCAAAAACAAAUCGUAGAAUUUGUGCAAACAGCAGAGGCGGCGUCCGAAAAACGAAUGGCGAGGUUGUUGGAAGAAAUGAAAAACGAGAAAGCUGAACUGGAUCGAUUGCGAGCGGUUAGCCAAGAAGUGCAAAAUCAAAAGUCCUCUGUGCAAACGAUGAUUGCGAACAACGUAGCGGCUGUCGAUAUGAACAUCCAUCUUCAACAGGAGGUUCCGAAACAAGUAGAAAACAGCGCUCGACAGCUGGAAGCAACCCGCCUGGGGUUGAAAUCCGUUAUCGAAGGACGACUACAAAAUCAAAUCAUUCAACCGGUGGAAUCAACAAGCAAGCUACUCAAAGAAACCAUAGCCCAGCACAGUGAUCAUCUAAAAAUUGAUGAAGAAACCUCCCGUACUCGCUGGGACCAGUUCGCAUCUCACUUCGAACAGAAUCGAUCCGAGUUCUCCGCCGGUCAUGCAUCUCAAACACAGGCCCUGCAGGAACAAGUACGCUCCGAGCAUGUCGCUCAAUCCGAGUUCCACAACACAACCAUCUCGCUGAACAAACAGCUGCAGCGAAAUAUCACAUCCCACCAGCACCAAACCAAUGCCAAUCUGGCUGAACUCACCGAACAGGUAGAUCGGUUCCAUCGGGAAGAGUUAACGCUGUAUCAACCGACGGGGCAGACUCCUGUUCGCAAGAACAUCAGCUAUCCGAGGGAUUUGGCUAGAACUUCACCGCACGAACGAAUAGUUCGUCGGUUUUGGCGCGAACGGGGCAUGCUGGAUCUUGAUAUGUCCAACAUUAUCAGUGAGGAGGAUAACCCAGAUGCCAGUAUACUAUGCAACAGCUUGAACGAUGACGAGAUUAGAAACUCUACCCCGCUUACCACGCGACACAACGUACUGAACGAGGAUCAGAACUUAUUCCGAGAGUUGCAGAUAUCCAACAUUCUGUCAAAGAUCGGCAACGACAUGGAAUGCGAUGAAAACAAGGAAAACACCAUCGUGGAAAGCACGUAACGAACGCCAUGUCUUCCAGUAGAGGGAACGCACACUUUUACCACUAAUAGUACUAUUACUACUACUACUACUGAAACUACUGGUUUUACACAUUUGCACAAUAUUGACUUGCCUAAUGCGGAACGAAGAAAUUAUCUUCACUAACAUGAUUCUAUGAUACGUACAUCAAGAGCAUAGCCUCAUCUUGAAUGCUGUGUUUGCACCACGUAAGUUGCCACGAUCCCAGUAAAAUGUUUAACAUUGACAAGCAAUUAGAAAACCUCCGGAGCGACAUACGAGCGGCGGCAAACACAAACGUUAUAUUCAUAUUUUUAGUGUUCUUUAUCUGAUAAUAAACAG